AUGAUGAAGUGCACAGUUUGUGAAGUUCCAAUGCCACCUUUUGCAACUUUUCCAAUUGAUUACGCUGAACGUGAAAUGUGGUGCCGAAGGUUAGGCUUACUGCCCGUGGUUCCUCCAAGGCAUUAUCGCGUGUGCUCACGUCACUUUGAGGACGGAUCAUUCUCUUUAGGGGGCGUUAGGUUCAGAUCAGCGUUACCAAUGAUAAUGGCACAACCAGAAACAGAAGAAGCGAGGGUGAAAUCACGUGGCAUUGAACAACAAACGAUACGUACGCCACGAAAAAAAUCUUUUGAUUGCAGCCAACAAGAAGACGUCGUUGCGUUGACUCCAUUUAAAAAGAAAAAACCGUCAAUAAGCACGGUACGUUCAAUAAAAUUUAAGCAUUAAUGAACAUCAUGUUAAAUAUACGACAAUAUAUUGAAGAUGUGUUUCAAGAAAUAGAAAAUUCAUAAUGUUACCAACUUUAGGAGUAUCCUAAGUACUACAUCGAAGAUCUGUCUAGGACUUUAUCCUACAAAUACUGUCCAUUGUGUGGAUACAAGAUUGAACAGAUGAAAGUGCGGCUUCAAGGAUUGGCCUGA